AAGGCAAAAGGUAUGCUCCUCAUCUCUUCCAUCUCUUGUUUUUAAUUCAUUUUCCUAGUUUCAGUUCCUUCAUCUUAAAAUUUACUUACUCUUUGUCUGUUUCUUCUCAGAGUUUAGUUACCACCCACUUCCAGCAGGCAGCAAAUUUGUGUCCACUUUCAACUCUGAGCAUUUGGAAAAAAAAAAAAAACAAAGCUAGGAAGCAAAGUAAGAAAACCUGAUCAUUCAAUGGAAUUCUUAUCUAUUGCUGGAGGUGCUUUCUUAACUGUUGCUUUUGAGGAGCUGUUUAAGAAGUUGAAGUUCAGCAGAUCACUCAAUUUGCAGAAGCAGGUCCUUAAUAAGUUGCAAAACUGGGAGAGCUUAUUGCCGAAAAUCUUUGCCCUUCUUGCAGAUGCAGAAGAAAAGCAGAUGUCUAAUUCCAGCGAGUUGAUAAAGAUAUGGGUCGCUGAAAUUAGGGACUUGGCUUAUGAUAUAGAGGACAUCUUAGAUGAAUUUCAAGUUGAUUCUCAGAGAAGCAGUUUGAAUAUUUCAAAACCUCACCAAGCCAGCAGCAUUGGCAAGACCACUUUAGCUCGACUUGUUUACAACGAGGUGACGACGCCAGAAAACUUUGAGAUUAAAUCCUGGGUCUGUGUCUCUGAUCAGUUUGAUAUUACAAGCAUAACAAAAGCCAUUCUAGAAGCAGUUGGGGGAAAUUGUAUUUCAAAUAAUUUAGAUCUGCUUCAACAAGAAUUGAACAGCAAGUUAUCUAACAAGAAGUUUUUGCUUGUACUGGAUGACAUUUGGAAUGAGAACUACUCUCUGUGGGAUAGUCUACGAAAACCAUUCUUAUCCGGAGCAGCUGGAAGCAAAAUAAUCAUCACAACUCGCAACCAGUGUGUUGUAGAAAUGAUGGGAGGAGUGGAUAGAGUUUGCAGUCUAGAAGUGUUGAAGGAUGAAGAGUGCUUGUCAGUGUUUGCUCAACAUGCAUUGGGAACAGACAAUUUUGAUGCACACCCAAAUUUAAAAGAAAUUGGGGAAAAAAUUGCUAAAAGGUGCAAAGGAUUGCCGUUAGCUGCAAAAACCCUUGGGGGCCUUCUAUGUGGUAAGUUAAGCCGUCCUGCAUGGGAAUGCAUUUUAAAAAGUCAAAUAUGGGAGCUGAAAGAAACUACAAGUAAUAUUCUUCCAGCUUUAAGAUUGAGUUAUCAUUAUCUUCCUUCUUGUUUGAAGCCAUGUUUUGUCUAUUGUGCAUUGUUUCCUAAAGACCAUGAGUUUGAGAAGAACCAGCUUGUUUUGUUGUGGGUGGCAAGUGGGGUUUUACAGCAACAGUCAGUAGAAGUUGGUCAUCAAUAUUUUGAUGAGUUAGUUUCAAGAGCUUUUUUGCAGCGAUCUAGUGGGAAUGAGUCACGGUUUUUGAUGCAUGAUCUCAUACAUGAUUUGGCUCAAUUUGUUGCUGGAGAAUCGUGCUUCAGUCUUGAGCAUGAGUUUGAGGUUGAUACAAAAUCAAAAGUGAAUUAUGAAAAGAUUCGUCAUUUGUCUUGCAUCCGUGGUUGUUGUGAGACCUCUAAGAAAUUUGAAGUCUUGAAUGUCAUGAAGUGUUUGCGAACAUUCAUUCCAGUUGGCUCAAGGAGGUGGUGUGGUAUAUCAAAUGUAGUGGUGCAUGAUUGGCUGCCAAAAUUAAGAUGCUUGAGGGCAUUUUCUGUUGAGUGUUAUCACAUAUAUAAGUUGCCAGAUUCAAUUGGAUAUUUAGUGCAUUUGAAGUACCUUAAUUUGUCAGAAACUCCAAUUGCAAGCCUACCUGAGUCCGUGGGUUUCCUCCUUCAAUUACAGACACUGUUGCUCUUUAACUGCCACAAGUUUUUGAAGUUACCUGUGACAAUUGGGAACUUAGUUUACCUCCAUCAUCUGGAUAUUGAAGGUACGAGUUCCUUGAAAGAGAUGCCAUCAGAAAUAGGAAAACUGUCUAUUAUGAAUCUAGAGAAUGUUUUGAAUGUUCAAGAUGCUAUAGAGGCUGAUCUAAAGAAUAUUGAUGGUCUUGAUGAGUUACAUUUGGAGUGGACUUCUGAUUCUGGUAAUACGAGGAAUAAAACCAAUGAAGAAAUGCAGGUCCAGGUCCUCAACUUGUUAAAACCCCAUUCAAAAUUGAAAAGUCUCACAAUUGUUUCCUAUGGUGGCCAAAAAUUCACUUCAUGGAUUGGUGAUCCAAUUUUUGCAAAUUUAUCAUAUUUGAAGCUCAAAGAUUGUAAGAGAUGCACUUUGUUACCGUCACUUGGGUUAUCACCUGUUCUCAAAGAAUUGAUUAUUGAAGGCAUUGAGGGAAUAGAAGCAGUGGGUCCAGAGUUUUAUGGGAAUGGAACUUUUUCAUCACUAGAGAAGCUGGUUUUCCAAAACAUGUUAAAUUGGAAGGAGUGGACUUCUCCAACAGGAAGUGGAGGUGAAUUCCCUUGUCUUGGCUGUCUUGAGAUUGGAGAUUGUCCCAAGUUGACAGGACAAUUACCCAGCCAGCUUUCUUCUCUGGUGAAUCUUGUGAUAAAUGGAUGCCCAGAGUUAAGAUGCUCAUCUACCACAAGUCUUGUGUCACUUAAAAAGCUUCAUAUUAGAGACUGCAAUGUUAUUCUUUUGAAGAGCAUGGUUGAUCUCACCUCUCUAACUCAAUUGACCAUUGAGAAUAUUUCAGAGAUGUCUUGCUUGCCUAAGUGUUGUACACAGUUCUUAACAGCUCUUAAGAAUCUUGAAAUUGAAGGGUGCAAAGAACUUACUUGGAAAGAACAAGGCCUCUUGCCUUUGAAUCUUAAACGGCUUGCCCUCUCUAGUUGUGAGGCAUUGGAGUCAUUAUUACCUGAUCUGAUGAUGAGGAAGAUGGGCGGAAGCAACAGUAAUAGCACUGACAUGUUGAGACUUGAAGAGUUAGAACUUUAUGGUUGUCCUUCUCUCAGGUCAUUAUCCUUGCACAUCACAGUUAAGUGGUUGACAAUAGAAGGAUGUGAAAAUCUUGAGUCUCUACCGGAUGGAAUACUGAUGCAAGAUGAUGGUGACAACAACAGCAAUCUUGAAUAUUUAUAUAUAGAGAAACAUCCACCUCUAAAUUCUUUUCAGAGGGGUCAGCUGCCAGCUUCUCUCAAGCAAUUUAUAGUUCAUAAUUGCGAGGGGUUGGAAUCUAUUUCAAAGGGAAUGCUGCAUCAAUGUACAGGACUUAGAUCCAUUGGAAUUAUGAAUUGUCAAAGGUUGAAAGGCUUACCCAGCCUUGAUUGCCUCAGCAAUCUCAUUGAAUUACACAUUGGCGGUUGUCUCGCUUUAGAGUACAUCCCAAAUCUGGGCUUAUGCAUCCCCAAUCUCAAGAAAUUGGUAAUACGGAGUUGUAAGAAUCUCAAGUCCUUCCCAAAUACUACGAUGUCCCAGUUGAAAUCGCUUCAGGAGCUACAUAUAAAUGGUUGUCCAAACAUAGAGUUGAUUCCGUCUCCAGGUGGGAAUGAGAAUGGGGGUUUACUUUUAGAUUUACCCCCAAACUUAACAGAGCUUACGUUAGACGAUGCAAUUCUCAAGUUCCUACUACCAAAUACGACUCAAAAACUAUCCAAUCCAGUUCCAGAUGGGCAUUUGGCAACGGUGGCGGGAUGCGGCCUCCACAACCUUACCUCUCUUCAAUACUUGCAAAUUAGUUGUCGGACAUGGCCGCCGGAUAUUGUGCUGCCUUCUUCUUUAACUACUCUUUGGAUCGGCGAUGUUGAAAAUCUGGAAUCAAUACCCAGAGAGCUCCUCCAAAACCUAAACUCUCUUCAAUACUUGGGAAUAUCGAGCUGGCCGAAGCUACGAUCCUUGCCAAAGGAAGGCUUGCCUCCCUCUCUUGGAGCACUCGACAUCUCCACCUGUCCACUGCUAAAACGACAGCGCUUUGAGGUGGAAGGAGACCACUGGCCUCUCACCCAUACCAUCCCCUGCGUUGCGAUAGAUAACCGUCAGGUAAUAAAAUCUACUGCUAUGAAGCUGAAACUGGGUAUCAUGUAUUCCCAUAGGAUAGCACUGCAACCAUUUCUUAAUUACUUGACUCAAAUCUUGAACAAACUGAUCCAAAUCCUACAGAGAGUGCAACAAAAUGAAGGGGGAUGGCCUAAUGUCCAUGGAGGAGCGAGAUUCUUCUUGCUUAUAAUUGAGUAUGCUUCAAGGUCAGAUGUCUCGAUGAAUAAAUGGGAGUGUACUUGGGAUCCAUCAUGGUUGCAGCAACAAACUUCUACCCUCCAAACAAUGCCCUCUCUGGCAAUGCAAGAAGGACAUGGAUGUUCUUGGAGUUUUUCUGGUAAUUUCUCUAGCCAUAUCAAGGACAAUUCGAGGAUAUGUAUGAAGGUGGAUGGAUGGAGUACUGCUUCCAGGAUCAGUCUGUUGCAUAUCUGUCCAUCACUUUGGUGUUGAGAAAAACAGUCUUCAUGGAUCCGUAAUAUGAAGAAAAGCAGGGGAAAAUGUUACUGGUUAGUGGCUGCUGUUGGGGAUCAUUCCAGAAAUGAAUUGAUUUGCUAAUU